AUGUUUUCCUGUGUGCCCAGGUCGAUGAAAUGCUGUACAAACGUGAUAGGGCCCAUGCGGGCGCUUCCGUACGCUCUAGCGAAGUGUCCUGGGUUCUUAGAACCAUCGCAGGCGCAGUGCAGAUACUACCACGAGGUCACCGGCAAUAUAAUAUGCCCCAACAUGGUACGAGGUAUCGACCACCUCAGGGAUCCCCGUCUGAACAAGGGUCUCGCAUUCACUUUAGAGGAGCGACAAGCCCUCGGCAUUCACGGCCUGUUGGCGGCCAAGUUCAAAUCGCAAGAGGAACAACUGGACAUCUGCAGGAUAUCAAUAGACCGUUACGAGGAUAACCUGAAUAAAUAUCUUUACCUCGUCGAGUUACAGGACAGAAAUGAGAAGUUGUUCUUCAGACUGUUGUCGGAGAAUGUGGAGAAGUAUUUGCCAAUCGUUUACACGCCCACCGUCGGCUUGGCGUGCCAGAGGUUCGGGCUCAUCUAUAGGAGGCCUAGAGGUCUUUUCAUCACCAUAAAUGACAAAGGGCACAUAUUCAACAUACUCAAGAACUGGCCUGAGCCGGACGUCAGAGCGAUUGUGUUCACUGAUGGCGAGAGGAUCCUGGGUCUUGGCGAUCUGGGCGCGUACGGCAUGGGCAUACCGGUGGGGAAACUGUCCCUUUACACCGCCCUGGCCGGCAUCAAGCCGCACCAGUGCUUGCCCAUCACCCUGGACGUGGGCACUGAGAACCAGGACCUAUUGGAGGAUCCCCUGUAUAUUGGAUUGAGGCAACGGCGCGUAAGAGGGAAGGAAUAUGACGAGUUCAUAGACGAGUUCAUGGAGGCGUGCGUACAGAGAUACGGACAGAAUACGCUAUUACAAUUCGAGGACUUUGCGCUGAUUAACGCCGGGCGGCUACUGCAGAAGUACCGCAACAAGUACUGCACAUUCAACGACGACAUCCAAGGCACCGCCAGUGUGGCCGUCGCCGGCCUGAUGGCGGCCGUCAGGGUCACUAAGAGGAAGCUCAGCGAGAACAUAUACCUGUUCCUCGGCGCUGGCUCAGCGUCCAACGGCAUCGCGAACCUGACCGUGGCCGCCAUGAUGGCCGAGGGGCUCACCGAGCGGCAGGCGAGGGAGCGCGUGUACAUGUUCGACGUGGACGGGCUGCUGUCCACGCGGCGGGAGGGCGGCGUGCCCGAGCACGCUAGGGCCUUCGGCAAGGACGUCGAGCCGGAGAAGGACUUCGAGGCGUGCGUCGCCAAGAUCAAGCCCAGCUGCCUCAUCGGUUGCUCGACCGUGGGCGGUGCGUUCACACCUAACGUUCUGAAGCAAAUGGCGAAAAACAUAGAGAGACCAGUCAUUUUCGCCCUCUCGAAUCCUACAAGUAAAGCUGAGUGUACUGCGCAGGCCGCCUACGAUCACACCGAAGGUCGGUGCAUCUUCGCGUCUGGCUCCCCCUUCCCGCCGGUCCAGUACAACGGGCGGGAAUACCACCCCGGCCAGGGGAACAACUCGUACAUAUUCCCCGGCGUCGCCCUGGGCGUUAUCGCCACCGCGACCCACCACAUACCGGAGACGAUGUUCCUGACCGCCGCCAGGGGUCUAGCGUUCAGCAUUCGUGAACGACAAGCCUUAGGCCUUUUAGGUUUGUUGCCAGCGCGGGUGAAAACUCAAGAAGAGCAAGUGGAGAUUUGCAGCAUAUUUUUGGACAAGAUCAAAGAUAGCUUACACAAAUACAUUUAUUUGGUCGAGCUACAGGAUAGAAACGAGAAGUUGUUUUAUCGGCUUGUAUCGGAGAACGUAGAGAAGUACUUGCCAAUGAUAUACACACCGACCGUUGGUUUAGCUUGUCAGAAAUUUGGCCUGAUCUUCCGCAGACCAAGAGGCCUUUUUAUCACUAUCCACGAUAAAGGGCGUAUAUCCGACAUACUAAGAAAUUGGCCGGAGACGCAGGUGCGCGCCAUAGUAAUGACAGACGGCGAAAGAAUUUUGGGUCUGGGAGACCUGGGCGCUUACGGAAUGGGUAUUCCCGUUGGCAAGCUCGCUCUUUACACGGCAUUGGGUGGUAUAAGGCCUCACGAGUGUUUGCCUAUCACAUUGGACGUUGGCACCAAUAAUCAGAGUCUUCUCGAAGAUCCGCUAUACAUAGGUUUAAGGCAAAAGCGAGUGCGCGGCAAGGAGUACGAUGAUUUCAUCGAUGAGUUCAUGGAGGCAUGUGUCAUGAAAUAUGGUCGCAGCACUUUGUUACAGUUCGAGGACUUCGCUUUAAUAAACGCGACGCGGCUGCUGGCCAAAUAUCGCGAGCACUACUGCACGUUUAACGAUGACAUCCAGGGCACGGCCAGCGUCGCCGUCGCCGGUCUAUUGGCCGCGAUCAGGAUUACCAAGAAGCGGAUCAGCGAGAACGUUAUCAUGUUUCUAGGCGCCGGCUCGGCAUCGACUGGUAUCGGUAGCCUGAUAGUGUCGGCAAUGGUUUUGGAGGGGAUUUCGGAGGAGGAGGGCCGCAAGAAAAUAUUGAUGUUCGACAUCGACGGCCUGCUUACGACCCGUCGCGACGGCGGUGUGCCUGCCCACGCGAAGGAUUUCGGCAGGGAUUUACCGCCCGAGAAGAACUUCCAGAAGUGCGUGGAACAGUACAAGCCCACCUGCCUCAUCGGGUGUUCGACUGUUGGUGGUGCCUUCACGCCUGCCAUUUUGAAGCAAAUGGCGCAGAACACUGAGAUCCCGAUCAUUUUCGCACUUUCGAAUCCCACAAGCAACGCUGAGUGCACCGCUCAGCAGGCGUACGAUAAUACGAACGGUAAGUGUGUAUUUGUCUCCGGCUCGCCUUUUCCGCCGGUGAAUUAUCAAGGCAAGGAGUACCGUACGGGGCAAGGGAACAACUCUUACAUAUUCCCCGGAGUAGCACUAGGAGUCAUAGCGGUCAAAGCUUACAAGAUACCAGACUCGAUGUUUCUAACAGCGGCACAGACAUUGGCAAAUUUUGUGACGGAGGAGGACUUGGCUAUCGGACGUGUAUAUCCGCCGUUGAAUCAAAUACGUGAAGUGUCAGUCGCCAUUGCUGUUGCCGUAGCGAAGAUGUCUUACAAGCAAAGUAAGUAUGCUCUUGAAAUAUUAGUUUUUUAUGUGCCGUACGAA